ACCAUUCAUCGGUUUCUCUUUCCAGUAGUCGCAUCGAAUCUUUGUUGAUAAAAAAACAAAAUGGCGAAUAAAGUGAAAAUACAAGAUAUGGCAUCCGAGGAGACAGAAAACAAUAUUUUCGUUGGCUGCAGAUUCCGCGGUCCUUCCAGCAGUACGGAUUACGUAAUGCCUGAAUCCUACAAAAAUAUUGCUGAUGACAUCUUGAACCUGGCUGCUCGACCUGAUGAUGUGUGGGUGACAGGGUAUAUCCGGUCUGGAACAACACUUACACAAGAGUUGGUCUGGCAAGUUGCUACUGAGUGCGAUGUCGAGACGGCUUCCAAGAUCCCUUUGAUGACACGGUACAUGUUUCUCGAGGGACAAAUGUCAGUUGGGUUUAUGAAGUCCAAAAUGAAAGGCGAAGUAAAUGAAAGAGUGUAUACUUUUAAGGAAAUAAACUCAGCGCCCUCGCCUCGGUUCAUAAAAAGUCAUGCACCCUUCUCAUUGUUGCCCUCAAAUCUACUGGACACCACUAAAGUAGUCUACAUCGCCCGGGACCCGAGGGACGUGGCUGUAUCUGUUUAUCAAUUUUCAAAAAAAAUUUUCCAAUAUCUUGGAGACUUUAAAAUGCUAUGGAAUAUUUUCGUCAAUGAUUUAUAUAUGUUUUCCCCAAUUAUGGAGCAUGUCAAAGAAGCAUGGGAGCUCCGUCAUCACCCGAAUAUGAUGUUCAUAUUCUACGAAGACAUGAUAAAGGAUAUACCCUCAUAUAUCAAACGGGUAGCAGAUUUCCUUAACAAGGAAUUAACGGAUGAUCAAAUCUCGAAACUAACUGAACACUUGAAUAUUAAGAACUUCAGGAAAAAUGAUUCUGUGAACCCGACAUGGUUAGCUAAAGGCGGUAACCCUGAUGGCGAGGAUUUUGUUAGAAAAGGCGGCGCGGGCGGAUGGCGGCAGUAUUUCGACGAGGAGAUGGCGGCGCAGGCGCAGCGCUGGAUGGCCGAGCACCUCGCUGGCUCCGACCUGCGCUUCCCCGACCACACCUGCUAGUUAAUGUCACGUGAUAGAUACGGUUAAUGAUAAAUGUUAUCUUUAUUUAGAUGAAAGAGAUAUCCCAGCGCCUGGUCCCAUGCCUUUCGUGACCAGAGAGCUGGCAGCUACUUCAGCUAGAGAUUAAGUCUGGCUAUCCAAAGGGGUAACGCUGCCAGCCUUCUGGGCUUUAAGUUAGGAAAUAUAUUACUUUUUUAUCUUUAUCAUAUUUGCCUUUUUUAGUGCCAAGAUUUGGUUGACCGUCUAUAAAAUAAAUAUCUACAAUAUUACCUGUCUCAUAUAAAAAGCGCGAUCAGAAUUGAAAUGGUAUCAAGUAUAAGUACCAAAGAAGUAUUAGAAGUAUUCAAUAAUAAAAUUGUUGCGAAAUUGUA